AGGAGGGAGUGUGAGACAGAGACGGUAGGAGAUCUCCGUGCAGGUACCUGUUAGAGCGCAGGAUGAUCAGAUUAAAGGUGUCAGGGUUUGUUAAUCUGUGAGGGAGGAACAGGCUUCGCCACUUGCACACAUCGCCCCAUUCAUCGCCAGCGACGGGAAGCGGAGGAGAUUGGAUACUGACGCGCAUCGGGGAAUUUCCCCCCUUUUUCUCUUCCCUAUACAAUGGACACCUGCAGGGUACCAACCUGGAUAUGCCUUCUUCUGCUGUGGCAGGAGGGAUGUUUGGCAUCCCAGUUCCCCACACAGCUCAUGAUUAAAGAAUGGGUUGAGCAAAUGCAGAAAGAGCUUGUCACCUUGGCAGACACAGCCACAGCUGGGAAGAGCCUUACCGAGAUUUUUCUGAGAAACAGGAACCUCUAUACUGUAGAGCAAAAUGAUGCAGAAGAGCUGGUGGCCAGAGCAGCCAGGAACAUAGAACAGCUGUUGCAGAAGAGGUCUGCUGCCUUGGAGAAACUGGCCACAGCUGCUGAAGUGUUCCAGAAGGAGCAUGUUUGGAAAGAUGAAUUUGAGGCUGAUGAAAUUUCCUACUACAACGCAAAAGACAAUCUGGAUGCAAAUGAGACAGAGGGAAGAAAAUACAGGAUUCGACCAGACUUUAAAGAGGACCCUUCAUUCAAACGUUUAACUGAUCACAACCAUACAGCUGUCCAUAUUCCUACUGACAUCUAUGAUGGCUCUACUAUUGUACUGAAUGAGCUCAACUGGACAGAGGCAUUAGAGGAUGUCUUUAAAAAGAACAGAGAGGAUGAUCCAACACUCCUCUGGCAGGUGUUCGGCAGUGCUACAGGCCUAGCCCGCUACUAUCCAGCCUCUCCGUGGAUGGAUGCUCGCAAAACUCCCAGCAAAAUUGAUCUGUAUGAUGUCCGCAGGAGGCCAUGGUAUAUUCAAGGGGCUGCUUCACCCAAAGAUAUGCUAAUCCUUGUGGAUGCAAGUGGGAGUGUCUCUGGUUUAACCCUCAAACUAAUCAGAACAUCUGUCAGUGAGAUGCUGGAGACACUGUCUGAUGAUGACUAUGUAAAUGUUGUUUAUUUUAACACCAGGGUGAAGAACACAGCCUGUUUUGACCAUCUGGUUCAGGCUAACGUGAGGAACAAAAAGCUACUGAAAGAUGCAGUGCAAAACAUUACAGCCAAAGGAAUUACAAAUUACACAAAAGGCUUUGAGUUUGCUUUUGAGCAGCUUAAUAUGACUAAUGUGAGCAGAGCAAACUGCAACAAGAUCAUCAUGCUUUUUACGGACGGUGGAGAGGAACGAGCUCAGUCCAUACUGAAAAAAUAUAAUUCAGACAAAAAGGUCAGAAUCUUCACCUUCUCAGUCGGACAACACAACUAUGAUAAAGGACCCAUUCAGUGGAUGGCCUGCUCCAACAAAGGUUACUUCUAUGAGAUUCCUUCCAUCGGAGCCAUCAGAAUUAACACACAGGAAUACCUGGAUGUCUUAGGAAGGCCCAUGGUGCUAGCAGACAAACAAGCCAAACAAGUCCAGUGGACUAAUGUAUAUCUUGACGCUCUGGAACUUGGUCUGGUUAUCACUGGAACAUUGCCUGUUUUCAAUAGAACAAAGACGGUUGAUGACAAGAACAAAGAGAUUCAGAAUCAGUUAAUUUUGGGUGUAAUGGGAAUUGAUGUAUCACUUGAUGACAUCAAGAAACUCACACCACGCUUCACGAUUGGUCCCAAUGGAUACUACUUUGCUAUUGAUCCUAAUGGAUAUGUCCUGCUGCACCCAAAUCUCCAACCAAAGAAUCCUAAAUUUCAGGAGCCUGUGACCCUGGACUUCCUUGAUGCAGAGCUGGAAAAUGACAUAAAAGUUGAGAUUAGAAGAAUGAUGAUUGAUGGGGAGAUAGGAGAAAGAACUAUUGACACUUUAGUGAAAACUCAAGAUGAGAGAUAUAUAGACAGAGGGGUCAGAACCUACACAUGGGCUCCAGUCAAUGAAACAGAUUACAGCCUGGCUCUUGUUUUACCUAAAUAUAGUGAAAACUUCAUUCAAGCUAAACUUGGGGAUGAUAUAAAACAAGCCAUCUCUAUAGAGACUAUCCAGCUGGAGAAGUUUGACAAUUUUGGUUACACCUACAUAGCUCCAAGGGAAUACUGCAAAGAGUUGAAGCUGUCACUCAACAACACCCAGUUUCUACUCGACUUCCACCAGUACAUUGAUAAAAGUACUGCAGAUGCAUGCAAUGAGUCACUAGUGAAACGACUCAUCCUUGAUGCAGGUCUGACAGCUGAACUGGUUAAAGUUUGGAAAGAGCAGUUAGUGGAUGGAACGGUGGCAAGGUUUGUCGCAACAGAUGGAGGAAUCACUAGAGUUUUUCCAAGAAGUGCUGGAGAAGAAUGGACAGAGAAUCCUGAGACAUAUGAGUCCAGCUUCUACAAAAGGACUUUGGACAAUGAAAUAUAUAUAUUCACAGCCCCAUCUUUCAACGCAGAGUUCAGGGAGCCUAUAUCUGAAUCCGGGAUCCUGGUGAGCAAAGCCAUAGACCUUUUCAUCGACGAUGUCAUGCUUAAACCAGCAGUGGUGGGAAUAAAACUCAAUGUCUCCUUCUGGAUGAGCAGUUUUAUCAAUGCAACUCUGAAAAUUAACUGUAAGGAUGAGAUUUGUGGCUGUCUCAGGAAUGACAAGCAUGUGGACUGUGUAAUAUUGGAUGAUGGAGGCUUUCUUCUCAUGUCAAAUCAAGAGGAGUAUAUUUCCCUGAUAGGUCAGUUCUUCGGUGAGGUAGAUCCAGUGCUGAUGAUAAACUUAGUCAACACAUCCCUAUACUCCUUCAAAAAGACAUAUGACUAUCAGUCUGUGUGUGACCCAGAAAAAGACAACAAGGCGGCUGCAGGACUGCGCUCCAUAUAUGUGCCUACUAUUGCAGAUUUCCUCAGCAUAGGCUGGUGGGCCUCCAAUGCUGCUUGGUCAAUACUUCGACAGCUGUUGUUUGGUCUUCUGUUCCCAAACCUUGUAGAAGAAGGUAAGGCCAAUAGUUUUUUUUAGCAUUUUUGAACUAAC